AUGGAGCUGCAACUUAAUGUUGGAGCACAAGAGCAGCACCAUAAAUACACGUCUACUCUCCCAUUAUCACAUUAGCGGAAUUUGACACCCCCUAUUGACCUCCAUUUAUUUAACCACCUGCAGUGUUGCACACCGAAGAUGUUUCGGGAUUCAUUGCGACUUCUAUAUCAUGGAUCCAAUGCUAGUUCCCCCGUAGUAACAAAAAAAUCAUCGGCAGUAGCUCUUCUACAGGAAUUUGAUUCCCCCGGCGUCUUCCCGGCGUCUGCACGCCUUGACCGGAGUCUCAGAACAACGAAUGGCUUCACUAUGAAAGUUUGGGACGCAUGGAAAUAUCCCGCCUUCGCAGUCAAUAAAGCAUCAUCCCUUGCUCUUGAUGUGAUAUCUCAUCAUGUUUGGGGCCCGCGCAGGAAAUCAUGGGGCAUUGAGAUGACCAUACUCUCUAGUCUCAUGCGGGAUGUUUCGAGGCAUUCUGCACUGGCUGAUAUCGCUAUGGUUCGCAAGGCAAUGAGUAUCGGAGGGCUAGUUCCCUUACCCUCAGAUGCUUUAGUCACUCCAGUGACUUUCCGUGUGCGUAAACGCAACCUUCGUGGUAUGCUGGAGGCUUGCGAUGCUAUGGAAGACGGAAAACGUGAACUUUCUGGGGAGUGGAUAAUCGGGAAGAGACUCUGGCAAUCUUUGCAAUCAGAUUACAAGUCCACUCGCAGAACAGGGGAAUGGGUCAGCUUUGUCGACCAAACGAAAAUUGAUUACGAUUCUCGAAAGGGGCAAUCUCGAAUCAUCCUCUACAUUCACGGCGGAGCAUAUUAUUCAUCCAGCGCUGCAGCACAAAGGACGCUGACCAUACCACUGUCCAAAUAUACCAACGCACGCGUAUUUGCCAUCGAUUACCGGCUUGCUCCGGAAACGAUUUUUCCUGGUCAGCUGCACGACGUGGUUAGCACCUACUUCCGCCUGACGGAUGACUUGCGGGUGCCGCCAGAAAAUUUAGUUGUAGCGGGUGAUAGUGCGGGUGGUGCACUAGGCCUUGCACUCCUGCUCUAUCUACGAGACAAUGGAUACACUCUUCCGGGAGGUGCCAUGUUAUUCUCUCCCUGGGUUGACUUGACCUUGAGCUGCGAAUCGUGGGAUACUAAUGCUGCCUACGACAUCAUUCCUACUCCCGGUCCAACCGCUCACUUGCACCCCGUUAUAAUGUAUCUAGGAGACACGCUCGAGCAGUCCAUUACCCACCCAUACGCCAGCCCAUUGUUUGGCAAGUUUGAUGGACUACCACCCAUGCUUAUUCAAUGUGGCGAAGCGGAGGUUCUGCAUGACGAAAUCGUGCUUCUCUCACACAAAGCUUCACUGGCCGGUGUCCAGGUUCAGUUGGAGACCUACGAGGAUGCUAUUCAUGUUUUUCAAGCAUUUCCUUUCUUGAAUGUUGCAACAACUGCCUUUGUCUCUUGUCGCGAAUUUGUGCGACACAGGUUGCCUUGUAUUCAAAGUCACUCGCCUCAGGUUUUGAAUAGUGACACCGAAAUUUGCCUCGAGAACGAUACAGAUAACGAUAACGUCCGCGUCGUCCGCGGCGACGGUGUGGAGACUAACUCGGGAUGGCAAAAGGUUCAGGAACAGAUGGCUCGAGAAAAUAUCGACCGGAGUUACGAAGCGCAAUUGAGCUCAGCAGUGCCUCCGAGCUGGGGUCGCACUUGGCUGGAUUUGGAGACUCCUAAUUCCAGCGGUAGUGAGGCAGAACCAACUACGCCUUGCGUGACCGUCACCGAUCCAUCCCGGGUUCUUCGGCGUGCGGCGUCCACCCCAGCUCUGCGCCGGAUGCAGUCUGCUCUCUCCGUUUUCUCCGAGAGAUCAGUCGCAUCCCAAUAUCUGGAGGACUGGCCCGCUCGUCGCAAAAAAUUCACAUUAUCACCUACACCAACUCGUCCUUCGUCUCCCUCCGAAUCCUCGCAUCCUCGCAUCAAUAUUCCUGCUCUUGCAACAUCUUGGGCCGCUAUGACGUCAGUUGCCUCCACUACCUACCUUGUAUAGUACUACCUUAAACACAUCAGU